UUGCAGUUGUUCGAUGAUAAAUUAAAUCUUUUCAAGAAUUCUUGAAAUAUUUCCUCAUAACUCGCAACAAUACCCAGUUGCGCAAUUUGACGGUAAAUCGGGUAAAUAGCGCUGAAUAGCACUGACCGCUGUAGUCUGUACGUGCCGUCGCUUGAAAUAUUACGUUGAGGUUAUGCUUACAAUCCGAUAUGCGAAAUAUAAUACAAUAACGCUGGAAUUGUUAGUCGUUUAAGUUUUACACUCUACGCAUGGUCAAACGUGAUUGAUUAUCGUCGGUUAUGUGAAGACUCGACAUGACCUCGUUUAUACUUUUUUGUUACUGAACUAUCGUAAUAUCAUUCCGCGAUCGCGUACGUGUCAUCCAUUUCCAAUUUGAUUUCUCAUCGUCAAUCAAUUACUAAUUUUUCCACAAUGCUGGAGGGAGUGAAGCACGUGCUGUUAGUACUUUCAGGAAAAGGCGGCGUUGGCAAAUCGACGAUCAGCACUCAGCUGGCUCUUGCAUUGAAGGAAUCAGGCUUUCGAGUUGGGAUUUUGGAUGUCGAUCUCUGUGGUCCCAGUGUGCCUUACUUACUGAACUUAGAAGAGAAAGAUGUUAACCAGUCUUCUGAAGGAUGGAUACCAGUGUUUGCCGAUUCAGAACAGAAACUAUCUGUCAUGUCGAUUGGUUUCCUCCUGAAAAGUCAGAACGAUAGUGUGAUCUGGCGUGGGCCUAAAAAGAAUGCUAUGAUCAAACAGUUUUUAUCAGAUGUGGUUUGGCGAGAUAUUGAUUAUCUGAUCAUCGACACACCACCUGGCACUUCUGAUGAACACAUUACAGUCAUGGAGAAUUUAAGAAAUGUAAAAUGCGAUGGUGCAAUAAUAGUGACCACUCCACAAGCAGUUGCAAUAGAUGAUGUUCUGCGAGAGGUGACAUUUUGUAGAAAAACUGGUAUUCAUAUAAUCGGCAUAAUUGAAAAUAUGAGUGGCUUUGUCUGUCCUUCAUGUACAGAAUGCACCAAUAUAUUCUCCUCAGGCGGUGGGAUAGCCCUCUCCGAGAUGGUGAAGGUUCCAUUUCUAGCUAAAGUACCAAUAGAUCCACAAGUCGGCAAGUUAGCAGACAAGGGACAAAGUGUUUUGGUGACAUUACCCGACAGUCAAGUCGCACAGGUGUUUAGAAAAUUAGUCGAAGAACUCACCAAGAGUAAGGAAGCUUGAAAACAAUAUUAGUACUAUACAUAAUUUCUAGCAUUACAUGUGGUACUUGCUCGUGAUGCUUUACCGUCAUCUCUAUCCUAGAUAAAAUUGUACAUACAAGUAUCUUUGUGAGAUAACUGUUUUUAUACUAGUGUAUGGAGUUGUAAAAGAAAUAAAGAAUGCUAUUUUAUCAUAUAUAUUUGCAUAUAUUGUAAGAAAGGAAAGGAGAAUUAAAAAACAAGAAAUGAAUCUUAAUUUAUAA